CUAAAUUUUGCCCAUUUUCGUCAUUAAAAUUUCCUUAUUCAAUUUCGAUUCUUUCUCCUUCGUAAUUUUUCUGAGUUUCUCUUUUUGAUCAUUAAAGGAACUUCCGAUUCGAAUUCUCCUCCUUUUUCUCUGUCUAUCAAUCUCAAUUUCAACUCUAUCUGUUUUCUCUGUCCAUUUUUAGGUUUAGGGUUCAUAAAAUUCUCGAUCUGUCGUCUUUAUCUUAAGAUCCGUUCAAUCUCUUUUCAAAUUAACGAUUUUAAGUCUUGGGUUUUGUUUUUCUCGUCCAAGAUGUCAUUUUGAUUUUGUAACUUUUUUUUUUGGGAGGAAAUUUUCGUUUUGACUGAUAAUUAUAGAUCUAUUAUAUCUUCAAUCAAUUGUUCGCCUUUUGAUUGUAUGUAGAAUUUGAAGAUCUAGGGUUAGGGUUCCCGAAAGAUUAGAGCUUUUGUUGGUUUAUUAUUUUUUUGGGGAAAAAAUUCAAGUUUGAUAUUUUAAUUGAUUGGGUGCAAAUUGAGCUCAGCCUUUCUCAUUUAAGCGAUCUGCUCUAUCAGUUGAAGGAGAAUUAAAUUUUUUUAAGUUGAACAUGGUACUAAAAAGGCCUUUUUAUGAUGAGGAACUGUACAAUAUUUCUUCCAAACACCCAAGACAGGUGGAUUACAAUAAUCGGCUGGUCUCUUUUUCAGAAUUUGUUCCUCCUGAAGUUGCUUCUCUGACACCUUGUCUUCCAGGUGAGUGUGGACUCACUGAAAAUGCUAUUGAAGGCCAUGAGAGGCUUGCAAGUGACAUAGUCGCUAGAUUUCCAGUUAGUGUUGAGAAGGAUGUAGAGACCAUUGUUCCUGGAAGAAGUUUAAACUCUUCCUCAGGUGGCAUUGGUAUUAAUGAAGAGGCUUUCCAUCCAGAGAUGGCCAUAUAUGUAUCUUGUACCCCAGAAUAUUUUAGCCCUCAGCGUCCAACAAGGACAGUUGCUCAUCAUGAAGAUAUGUACUCUUUACUUUUGCGUUAUCCUCCACGAAAAGCAAUUCCAAUUGGAUCGAAUCAUCAAGCUGAUAUUCCAGAAUGGAACCCUUAUGAUAGUAAGACUACAAUAAAAUCUUCAGGCACAUCUGGUAUGUGUCCGGAUACUAACCUUCUUCUUGAGCGGAAAGAUGAAAAUAGACUGAUGGGAACUUGUGUCAUUCCAAUGCCUGAAUUUGGACUUGCUGCUAAAGUUGGCAAUGUUAGGAUAGACUGCAACUGCCUUGAAAAGGGUUCUAUUGUAUGUGUCAAACAGCACAUUGUUGAAGCAAGAGAGAAUCUUAAGAGAAUCCUUGGGAAGGAGAGAUUUGAGCAGCUGGGGUUUUGUGAAAUGGGAGAGCAAGUGGCAGAGAAAUGGAGUGAAGGGGAAGAACAAUUAUUCCGUGAGGUUGUAUUUUCAAAUCCUGCAUCAUUGGGCAAGAACUUUUGGGAGCUUCUUUCUUCCGUUUUCCCUUCCCGAAGCAAAAAGGAUAUUAUCUCCUACUACUUUAAUGUAUUUAUGCUUAGAAGGCGAGCUGAACAGAACAGAUGUAAUUCAAUGAAUGUUGAUGACAGUGAUAAUGAUGAGUGGCAGGAGAGUGAUGAUUAUGGUGACAGCAAACUUGUUACGUCAGAGGAAGAUGAAGACUCUGUUGUUGAGUCCCCUAUACCUCAAGAAGAUUGCACUCAUGAUCAGAGCUGGAAAGAUGAUUUACACGUGUGUGAUGAGGGUGCUGUGGAUUAUGAUUGUGAUGACAAUGAGAAGUCAGAUUUUCCUUAUGAUAGAUACAUCAUGAACGACUUAGGAACAUGCCCUAGUGCAUCACUUGAUUAUGGUGGCUCAAAACCCAAAGAUGACUCAUGUGCAUCCUCUGAUACAGGAGGUUUUUCACAAGGGACCCAGUUGAAGGCUGAAAAUGAUGACCAUUGGCCUUGUAGUGUUGAUGGAUUAAGCUAUGGAAGUGGCCAGGAUAACAAUUGCGACAUCAGAGUUUGGGAUGCUGGUUACUUGGUAUGCCCUAAAGGUAACGUUGACCUUUUACCUACUUGCAGUAUGAUUGAAGAGGUUUUUGGAAAAGAAUCAUGGAACUGCAAGGCAAGGGACGGAUGACAACAGCCUGAGCUAGUCUUUUUUGUGCAUACCAUUUUCAACUAAAGUUGAGUUUGGAAAAGCAUUUGCUGUUCAAGGCUUUGCCUUGAAGCGACUGACAAACAAGUUUUUCCCAUAUGAAGCACAAGAAGGUUCCAAUUUUCUGACAAAGAAAAAUGAGAGAUUUUCCUUUGUAUAUUAAUAUGUUUGAACACAGAAGCCCACUUUUUAUUGUAAGACUGUGUUUUUAGGAGAUUGGUUUUAAUCACCUAGGUUUAAAUGUAUUGUUUUAUUACUUUUGAGAACCUGCAAUUUCCAGGUGCUCAUUAAAGUCACAGUUUUGGGUAUCUGUCCUUUGUUGGGACUUGGGAGAUAAACUGCUUGUAAUGAUAUCUAUGGGUUUCUAUAAUGUAAUCUGUUUUAUCAUUAUUAAUAAUAUUAUUUUCCAUUUAAUGGAGAAA